UUUAUUAAUGAGAGCACUCACAUGGAUGUAGCAUUAGCAGAACGCUAAAUAUUUUUUGAAUUUAUUUUAAAAUCAGCGGAGGGGAGUGCAUAUAACCGUGCAGCUCCCUGCCUCAUUGACUGCCCCUUCGCUUCGACUUUUUGUAAUGACAUAUGGCAAUCAGAGAGCUGGCAAGAAAGCAAGCAAGCGUGUAUCUCUCAUGUCGCGCUCUUCCUUUAAUAAUUAGCCUACCCAUUAACCUCAAUGUUUAGGCUAAACAAUAUUCAUAGGCCUAUAUUUAGGCUAACUACACUUAGACGCAAAGCUAAAUAGGCUGUAGAAUAGAACCAAAGUACAAGUGACAGUAGCCUACUAUAGCCCUAUAGUAUAUUUAUAAUGUAGGCUAUGUAGGCCUAUGUAAAAAAAAUACAACAGUACAUGUAAAACUUUGUACUAUGUAAAACUAGUUGUGUAGAUAUAGCCUACUACUUUCAAUAAAUUCAGAGUAGCCUUCAGAGUGAAGCAGUGCGUUCAUUUAGUGAAACCACUUGAGAAAGCACCAUUGUGGGUGGCUAUAGCACAGCCUACUGCACUUUAUCACUCUUUACUGAAAGCUUACUGUCGUAUAACGCUACAUGUGUUUCAUACAGUGCAGCAUAUUGGAAGGCAUAAAAUUCCAAAUAUUCCGAUAAUGCUCAGUGUCGGUGCACAAGGCUGGGGCUUAUCGUUACCCGAGAUGGAGAGAACUAAGCCCCCUGGGAGCAACGUCACUCCCCUUGGCUCUAUCAGCCACUGUCCGCUGUAUGCGCCCAGCACACCACGACAGAGGACGGCAGGAUCGCACGCAUCCUCAACGCGAAAUGCUUUGCGAAGCGAAUCUAACUCAAGCAAUCCUCCCCGAUUCCGAGCGUUUCGGCGAGGAGGCAUUCACCUGCUCUGGCACACAAGCGGGCUGAAGAACUCCGCGGCGAAGUGGGAAGGUCAUUUAAAGUGCUCGGCGCUUCGGCUAUGGUCCGUGGUGAGGGAAACAGCACAAAGAGCCAACAUCUGUAACUUCGGGAUUUACUUGUAAAGGAGCUUUUACCGGAGCCCGUGGGAUAUUGUGUAAACAUGCCUGUACGAAGAGGUCACGUUGCGCCACAAAACACAUUCCUUGGACUGAUUAUUCGGAAAUUCGAGGGUCAGAACCGGAAAUUUGUGAUAGCCAAUGCCAGGGUGGAGAACUGUGCAAUCAUAUACUGCAACGAUGGCUUCUGCGAGAUGACAGGCUUCUCAAGAUCGGACAUCAUGCAGAAGCCAUGCACCUGUGACUUCCUCCACGGUGGCCUGACCGACAAAGAGGCCAUCGGCCAGGUGGCCCAGGCUAUGCUCGGGUCCGAGGAGCGCAAGGUGGAGAUGACCUACUACCGUAAGGAUGGGUCUGACUUUCAGUGUUACAUUCACAUAAUUCCUGUGAAAAACGAGGAGGGCGUGGUGAUGAUGUUUAUCUUAAAUUUUGAUUACAUUGUGGAUGAGGAAAGUGACAACUCCACAGAGAAGAUAAGCCCAACAUCCCCUACAAAGUCAGAUCAAAGGAGGAGUAGAUUCUUCCGCUUCCGCCAGGCCGCUUUGAGCCUAAUGAAUACCAACAAGCAAUCUCUUCCACAAGAGGACCCAGAUGCUGUGAUGGUGGACUCACCCAAAGAGAAUGAGGACUCAGUGGCCCUGCAGAACUUCCCCUCACCCACAAAGAGCAUCGGCAGUCCCAUUGAGGCCAAUGACACGCAUGGCCUCAUAGGCUCAAGCCACCACGCUUCCCAGGCUAGCAUCGGCCCUGAACCACUUGACCAUUCAUCCCCUAAACUCCCCUGGGAGAAACUGUACCAAACAGAGCCGCACCAAUCCUCGACCACCCUGUCAAACACCUUCCCCAGAGGCAGCAUCAACAGCAUGAGGCGAGCCUCGUCUGUUCAUGAAAUCGAGGGCUACAGCUCCAAUUCUAAAAGCCUUUUCAGGGAUCGUCAAAGUGAAGGCCCUUUUAAUAACGUGACGUCCAGCCUGCUUUGCUCUACCUCUGAUUCUAACAUCAACAAGUAUAGCACCAUCAGCAAGAUCCCUCUGAUUGCACUCAACUUCUCUGAGGGGACUGAAAAGAAGACUCAUUCUCCUCCAGCAUCAGAGGCAACCAUCAUAGCACCAAAGGUCAAAGACAGGACUCACAAUGUCACAGAAAAAGUCACACAGGUCCUGUCACUUGGAGCUGAUGUGUUACCAGAGUACAAACUCCAGACAGCCCGCAUUGACAAGUUCACCAUCUUACACUACAGCCCCUUCAAAGCUGUGUGGGACUGGCUGAUCCUGCUGCUGGUCAUCUACACAGCAAUCCUCACUCCCUACUCUGCUGCUUUCCUUCUCAAUGACCAAGGGGAGCAGAAGAGGCGUGAAUGUGGAUACUCCUGCAACCCUCUUAAUGUAGUGGAUUUAAUUGUGGACAUCAUGUUCAUCAUUGACAUCCUUAUAAACUUCAGGACCACUUACGUAAACCAGAACGAAGAGGUGGUCAGCGAUCCAGCUAAAAUAGCAAUCCAUUACUUUAAAGGCUGGUUCCUUAUAGACAUGGUGGCAGCAAUCCCCUUUGACCUUCUUAUCUUUGGCUCAGGAUCAGAUGAGACUACCACUCUAAUUGGCCUGCUGAAGACUGCUAGGCUUCUGCGAUUGGUGCGUGUAGCCAGGAAGCUGGACCGCUACUCUGAAUAUGGUGCUGCAGUCCUUAUGCUGCUCAUGUGCAUCUUCGCCCUCAUUGCCCACUGGCUAGCCUGUAUAUGGUAUGCCAUUGGCAACGUCGAGAAGCCCUACCUGGAGCACAAGAUUGGCUGGCUAGACAAUCUGGGCGUGUCCAUAGGAAAGAGAUACAACUACAGCGAUCCUAGCUCUGGUCCCUCUAUUAAGGACAAGUAUGUCACAGCACUUUACUUCACCUUCAGCAGUCUGACUAGUGUGGGCUUUGGAAAUGUUUCUCCAAACACCAACUCAGAGAAGAUCUUUUCCAUCUGUGUCAUGUUGAUUGGCUCGCUCAUGUAUGCCAGUAUUUUUGGGAACGUCUCUGCAAUCAUCCAGAGGUUGUACUCGGGUACGGCCCGCUAUCAUGCACAAAUGUUACGAGUCAAGGAGUUCAUACGCUUUCACCAGAUUCCCAACCCACUGAGACAGAGACUGGAGGAGUACUUCCAACACUCCUGGGCCUACACCAAUGGCAUUGAUAUGAACACGGAGGUGUUAAAAGGUUUUCCUGAGUGCCUGCAGGCGGAUAUCUGCCUUCACCUCAACAAGAAUCUACUUACCAACUGCAAAGCGUUCCAAGGAGCCACCAAAGGCUGCCUGAGGGCCUUGGCCAUGCACUUCAAAACCACUCAUGCUCCUCCUGGAGACACUCUGGUCCACAGUGGUGAUGUGCUCACCGCUCUCUACUUUCUGUCCCGCGGCUCUAUUGAGAUCCUGAAAGAUGACAUUGUGGUAGCCAUCCUCGGAAAAAAUGACAUCUUUGGAGAAAUGAUCCAUGUGUUGGCCAAGCCUGGAAAGUCCAAUGCUGAUGUUCGAGCUCUAAGUUACUGUGACCUGAGCACCAUUCAGAGAGAAGACCUCCUGGAGGUGUUAGACAUGUACCCAGAGUUCGCUGACUGCUUCUUCAACAACCUGGAGCUUACCUUCAACCUUAGAGAUGAGUCUGCAAAGCCCUCAAGUUCCCAAGGCUGUGAUUCAGAUGGCGAGGGCACUAAGAGCAUUAAAAGAAGGAUAUCCUUCACACCAGAUCUAUCUGAAGGUGGAAACAAGGAAGUGGUUAAAGACUUGGGGAGGGAGAGGGAGUCUAACUCGUGCCUAAAAAGAUGUUCAGAAGUCCUGGGUCCCUCUCCACCCAGUGCCGCCGUCCAGGACUCAAAUCUUAUUGUCAGAGACAGCUUGGAGAGAAGACAAUCUUUAGAAGAUCUGUGCUGUGAUAAAUGGGCCUGUAAGAAGCCUACGGACUUCCUGGAUGAGUCAGCACAGUUCCAGGACCUGAGGGAGGAAGAUAAUUCUGCCAGCGAAAUCACGUAUGGAGAGGUGGAACAACGCUUAGGUCAGCUUCAGCAGCACUUAAACAGGCUGGAGUCUCAGCUGAUGUCAGAUAUUCACACCAUCCUGCAGCUGCUGCAAAGACAGCCGACACUGGGACCUCCAGCCUACAGCACUGUGACUGCCAGCCCAGACUAUCACAGACCUGCCAUGAAGGUUCAGCCAGUUGCUCUGACUGCAAGCCAUUUCUUCAGCCAUCCAGGAACUCAAGUCCCUAACCUCACACUGGCCAGGGCCAUUCAGGAAUCCAAAGACUCUCUGUCGAGCUUGUCCAAUAUGAAUGCACCCAUCGAGGACAGCCUUACAUCGUUGCUUGUACAAAGACAUACAGAGCCACAGCAACAGCAACAACAGCAGCAGACCGCAGGGCAUCAACAGUCUGCAUUGAUGCUUCUUCCAACUGAAACCUCUUCCACUUCCUCCUCCUCUUCCUCCCCAGCCCCUUCUGACACCAACCUCAACACUACUGGACUCCACAGACCUGUCUCAGACCCAGAGUUUCCAAGGCCAUAAACCUUCCAGCUGCACGGUGUUCUAAUAUCUGGGUUGUAAUGCUGUAAUUACUAAGUAGCAGCUUUUUUUAUCAGCAUGCUGGCACAGACAUCUGUAUUGUUAAUUUGCAAUGGCUUGAUAAUAGAAGUAAGAUGUUUAUUUCAUUAUGCAUGUGGAUGAAAUACUGUUCGCUGCAAUUAACAGUGUGUUAACAAACUGUUUCCUGAGGUUAUCAGUGUAAUAACAAUGGUAAAAUAUUAUAACAGCAGUUCUGUCAACACAGAAGCCCUCUAAUGGACACUUUUUUUACAAAUUCACUCCCAACCAAUCAGGAUGAACCUAUUCAACCACACGGAGGGUGGCCAUAUAGGAAGACAGCAUAUCCUAAUUCAUUAAAACUACAGCUUCUUAACUAAAUUCUACUUAAUCGACAGAAACGCUGAUUAAAUAAAACCGUAUGAUAGAACUUGAGUUAGCAAUACAUCACCUAACUUUUGGUUUCACCCAGGCUUUGUACUCUAAUGGGCUUUAAUGGGCUCUGUACCCCUUCUCACGACUCGGUUGCAACAACACAAUUGGUCAACCAGGGCUGGACUGAGUGGGCCACAAGGCUAGAGACAGCCAUAAUGAAAACCACUGUCAAACUCUUUGUAAAUCGGGUCUCAGUACAUUUCACUGUCACACAAGCACCAGUGCACCAGUGUAACUACAUUCACAACUUCAUUCGGAGACCCAGAGAAAAAGGCCUGACAACCUUGACCAUCAGGGAGAUGUGUCCCUCCCUCCAUCAUUACUUGCCGACUGACCUACCUCACGCUAUGCGGGUCCUAAUGUCCAGCAAUCCAGGCAUCUCACGUGGGUUUCUUCCUGGUGUCAGCUGCAGAGCUGGGAUAAGACUGGCUCCCAAACACUAAGACCAUAGCCACCACAGCUCACCAAAACUGUGCAGCAGAUGGACAAUGGCCCAAUGCACCGGGAAGUGCAUGCACAGUAUGACUCAGGCUAACUGCUCCUCAAUAUCCCCAGGUAACGUACCUGUGUGUGUUGUUGUCUUCUAAGUACUGAGCACAGGCCAAGAGAAAGACAAAAGUAAGUCACCUCGUGGGCAAGGUGACAAUUGGAAGCUACCAAUACUUCCCUACCAGUACUCUUGUGCAGAAAGCAAGGGAAUGGGGCAGUAAAAAGCCACAGACAUAGGACAACCCACUCUACAUAACAAAGUUUCUGGGGUUCCAGGAUAAACUGCCAGGAGAUUUCCUGUCCAUCGACUGAUAGGAUUUGCAAAUUGUGAAACAGCUAUCAUCUCUUCGAGUAGCUGAGUAUCAACAGAGAGCGGCUACUGUACUACUCACUGGCCCAGAGACAGGCCAACACAAUAGAUCACUCUGCUUCCUAUACUCCAGUCAGUGAAACAAGUAGAGAUGGAGCCUGCAACUAAAGACUGUAAAUGCUGGCUGGCCCUAUGCUGUCACCAAGGUAGUCUGGCAGCUGGUGGACAAAGACUUGUUGUCCAGACAGUUUGCACAUGCAACCUGAAACUUGGUAGCAAGAAUAUGAGUCAAACCAGGACCCUGUGCUGCUUUGUGUCCUCAUUGCGAUCAUACAUUCAUGAAUACCUUGAGCACGAGGAGGGGACUUUGUUACAACAGGAAAAUUAUGACACUGCCAUUCUUCCUCCAGUUGCUGACAUCUUUGAUUUGCACCUGACUCUGAGGUAUUGACAAGGCCAUAGGUGGAAACACGUAUGGUGAAUUUCCUCCGCUGGGACAGAAGUUCUUGUAUGACACACCUUCAACAGUCACUGAUGAAUUUGGUCAUUGCUGUUACAGCCUGUGUGAGUCUAAAGCCUGUGUGCGAUACUGUACAUAUACAGACAAACUACAUUAUGAACAAACUAUACAAACUGUUUUCUGCAGCUAUUAGUGUAAUACAGCAUUAUCACAAAGGUGUGAGAACAGUUUUCCUUAUCCUUAGUUGUAUGCCUGUCUUCUCUGAAGUGUGACUCAGGGGUUAUGGACAUUUGCACUGCAAUAUACAUACAGUAUCAAGAA